UUUGCUGCCCAAUGACCAAUUUUUCCGCAUAUGAAGCAUGGUUUGCUGCCUUUAGAAUAAAUUUUCUCUGUUGCGGCUUCCUUCCAUACCGAUUGCCUGCAUACAGGACGUUGUUGUCCUCUGCCGAUUCUGCAGAUCUCCUACUUCGAUUUUCAUCGAGUAUUUUCCCGAUCAGCGCCUCUGUAGUCGGUAAUUCGUCGUUUGAUCUAAUUGCACAUCGAAAAUUCUUGAAGCUUGGUGGUAGACUCUUUAAAAUUAAUACCACGAGCAUAUCACUUGGAAUUUUGAUGUCCAUACCUUCUAACUGCUCGACGGCGUUCGUAAAGCUAUCCAGUUCCCGAAAAUCAUCCUCCUCGUCGAUUUUGAAAGAUGUUAUCUCUGUCAGCCAUUCAAUUUUUCUCACUGGUCCUUUCGACGCGUAGAUUGACUGCAGUUUUUCCCAUAUUUCUUUCGACGUGUUACACUUUGUGAUCGUUUUCAAUUCGGCGUUGCCAAUCGACAAUAUAAUGUCCGCUUUGGCCUUCUCGUCGCCGUUUUUCCACUUCGCAAUUUCUCUUUCUGCGGCGUUGCUUCCAAUCGGAUACGGUAUUUCGCCGCUUACAUAACCCCAUCGGUCAUGUUUCACCAGGAUGGACUUCAUCCUCAGUUGCCAGACAUCGUAGUUACGUUUGUCUAGUAACUCAAUACGCGACGCUCCGUCCGCCAUCUUUGGUUAGCUAUUUUACGACCACGUGUUCACGUAAUUUUUACUCGACGAUUUUUAUUCACAGAAUUUUUACUUCUUUAUUAUUUUUAUAUCACUCACUUACUACUCGCCACUGGGCCCAUAACCUGUGGGAGUUAGGCAGGGAUCGAGUGAAUAUAAAUAAUAGUAGAGUAAGAUUUAUAUAAACGAUGUAUGAAUUUAUUAAGUAACUAAUUACAACGAUUGGAAAAAGAAUACUAUGACUUUACUCGAAAACGUGCUAAUAAGUAAGUGACUCGAGUAUACAAAAUUUCGGCAUAACUGCAUGCGCAGUAGAUCGACGCGUAGGCGUAUGUGUGGGUAGUGUACGUGUAAAUAUUACUAUAUUACUAUAUCUCCAACAGAAAAUCAUCCAGUAGUUGAUGAAAAAACAACAGAAUUUAAAAAUUCUUAUAUUCUCACUGUUGAAAAAUCUGAUGAGCUGGAAGCUAAGAUUAAAGCUCGGCGGCAGACAUUUAUUACUAAUAAAGAAGCAUUUUACCCCUUUAUAGUUUUUGUCGGACCUGUCUGCAAACCUGUCGACUUUCAUGUCAUAAUUGAUGGUACAAAACUGAAAGUUAAUACCGCACUUGAAGCUUUAGACGUAACUUUUAAAUUAUUUCUUCUAACAUCUUGCCCAUUUCCAAAAUUUGUGAGUCCGACAUACAUACUCUUAAAAAAAGUUAUUUAUCAAAUUACUUCACCAUCGAAAUCAUCAAUUCAGUUACAAAAAGCGCUAUUAUUUUUUGAAAAAAAAUUACAAACUGAGUUUGAUUAAUAUAUUAAAAUAACAUAUAUAAACAAUAUUUAUUAUAUACUAAUAAAUCUAUACGAUGGAUCCUCAAAUAUUUGCUCAGAGCUUGAAAAGAGAAGCUGCUUUAUAUAUUGCCAAAUUGUUUGAUUUACCCGACUUACCUCGAAGCAGAAUUAAUGACAUUACCAAUAGUUUCACACAAUUUUUAAAUAAUAGUCCUAUCACGAUUCUUUUUAUGCACCUAUUAAACAGAUUAGAAUUUUUAAAUGAAUCAAAUAAUUAAAAUAAAUAAAUAAUUUAAAUAAAUAACCUAAUAAUUUAUUAGCGAUGAAAACAAUGCUCGCAUUAAUUUUAAAUCCUUUCGAAGAAUUACGUACAGAGCAUCAAUGUUUACAACAUUUUAAAGACACUGAUACAUAUAUACCGCCAAUUGAAGUUGUUGUUGGAACCAAAAAACGUUACAAAAAUAUUAAAGAUGAAAUUAUUUCAACAAAUGAAAAUAUCACCGUUCAAGUUAUUCCACUACAACAAGUUUUACAAAAAUUUUUUGAAUUGCCGAAUAUUUUUGAACUUACUUUAACAUAUAUUAGAAAUCUAGAAAAUGAAAAAAUUCUUUAUUGUAAUGUAAUACAAGGUUUAAAGUGGAGAGAAAAAAAAAAUUUCGGUGAAAAAAUUGUUUUUCCUAUAUUAUUUUAUCAGGAUGAUUAUGAGACUAAUAAUCUUCUGGGCAGCCGAAAAGGGUUAGGCAAACUAGGUACAGUCUAUAUCAUUUAUCCUUGCUUGCCGCCAUCUCUACGAUCUAAAGUUGAAAAUAUUUUCUUAUUAUCAUUAUAUAAGUGUGAAGAUUUACAAUAUGUUACUUUGAAAACAAUGUUAUCUAGGGCUAUUAUAGAAUUGAAAAGCUUGGAAUCUACUGGUAUAACAAUAAGAACAUCGUCGGGGCAACAUAAAAUUUAUUUUUCAUUGGCUGGAGUGAUAGGAGAUAAUCUUGCUGUUUACUCGAUGCUAGGAUUUUGUUUGAUUAAUAGAGCUGAUAUAAACAGUACAUUUGAUGAGUCUGAUUGUAUACUCCGUACAGAUGAAAAUUACAAAAAUGAUUUGUUGAAAAAUAACCCUGCUGAAACUGGCAUUACCAGACCGUCAGUCUUGAGCGAUAUCAAAUCGUCUAAUACAAUAGACCUUUUAACAGUGGAUGUUAUGCACGACAUCUUGGAAGGGAUUUUAGAGUACGAUUUAGGUUUGAUCUUGAACUAUUUCAUCAAAGAAGCAAAAUUUUUUUCUUUAGAUAAUUUUAACGACAGGAUAGAAAGUUUAUAUUAUGGACCAGAUGAAAUAAGAAACAAGCCCCGAGACAUGAAAAAAAUCAGAUAACUGAAAAAUACUUAAAAAUUUCUGCUGCUGAAGCAUUAUGUGUUAUUCGCAAUCUUGGUGUUCUGAUAGGUCAUUUCAUUCCGGUUGAUGAUCUACAUUGGAAAUUAUGUAUUUAUCUGAAAGUCAUAAUAGAUAUUUGUUUAACCGCUAGGAAAAGGAUCUAGUCACAUACUUAUAAGAAGAAUUGCGCCUUCGGGCUUAAUCGUUAAAACUCGGGAAUAAUCGUAUCACGCUAUGGCCGUCGCCCAUGCGCGCCUUGGUUAGCGGUAGAGAAGCCGGCUCACGUGGUCGGCUGCAACAGUUGUGCUUGGACAUUUGUACUAGUACGACUACUCUGUGCGAAUCGAUUCUGAUAUUUCUUACUUACAUCUCACUUUCAUUUAAAUAUUUAAAUUAUUCAUUAAAUAUAAAUAAUUAUAUUAGCUUCAAUUAUACUU